AGACACAGUACAGGAGAUGACCAAGGACUGCCAGACACAGUACAGGAGAUGACCAGAGACUGCAGACGUACUACAGGAGAUGUCCAGAGACUGCGGACACAGUACAGGAGAUGACCAGAGACUGCAGACAGUAGUACAGGAGAUGACCAGAGACUGCAGACACAGUACAGGAGAUGACCAGAGACUGCAGACGUACUACAGGAGAUGACCAGAGACUGCGGACACAGUACAG